CUGCGCGAAAACGUCCUUGUGUGGUCAAGCCGUUAGGUUGUCAUCAACACACAAGACCUGGUCCCUCUGUACAGUCUUGUUACCUACAUUAGGGGAAGACAAUCAGCGUCUUACUGUCAGCCGGAGCAACCUGUUGACACUCCACGACUACAGGUCAAGAUCGAUGUACAAGUCCCUGGACAUAGGUCCCAGGACACAAAUGUUAGACAAACAAGCCUUGUCCAACCAAGUCCUAGACACCAUAGAAACACAGUGUUGAUUCUAGGUGUAAUUUGAACUUUCUGGUGGGACAUUUCCCUAGUACUAAAACAUUGAUCUUGGAGAUAUUUUCUUAUGUGAUAAAAGUGAAGUGACUUCAUGUUGUACCUGAAAGAUUUCGACAUCAAUCAAUAGGAUUAUUGCAAUGGAUUUUGUUGUAUCUAUUUCUCACAAUGGUGAUGCUAUGUGACAAGUUCUUGGAUCUUUACAUUCAUAACUUCGGUCUCUUUUAAGAGCUUUCAAAGUGAAACACAAGUGAUUGGGAGAAAUAUUACUUUUUCUUCUUGGAUAUAACCAUAAAGAGAGAUGAAACAUUUCCUAUAAGGUGUUUACUAUUGGUAUUAAAGUGGACCGGUCUUACUGUAGCUGAACAUACUCAAAGCGAAAGAAAAUGGAUGUGCGGUUGGUCUCUAGUUGGUGUCUUCUACUAGCCACGUCCGGGCUUAUGUCUAGUACAUCGUCACAGGAUGUCACCUGCAUGCCUUGUUUUGAAGGUCAGUUUCAAUGUAAAAAUUGCCGAUGUAUUUUACAAACAGCACAGUGUGAUCACAGCAAUGACUGUGGUGAUCUGAGUGAUGAAAGAAACUGCACUUACCCUAGCUGUGCUGGGCAUGAAUAUACCUGCAGUAAUAAAGUUUGCAUUUCACAAGAAUGGGUUUGUGAUGGUUCUGAUGACUGCUCUGAUGGAACAGAUGAGCAGUAUUGCAGUAACUAUGCCUGUCAUCCCCAAGAAUGGGCCUGUCCACACAGUGGUUUGUGCAUACCCCUGUCUCACGUCUGUGAUAAAACAAAGCAUUGUGCUUCUGGAGGGGAUGAAGAUGGACUAUGUGAUACCUCUUGUGCAGAUCUGUCUUGUGAUUAUGGUUGUCAUGCAACACCCAAAGGUGGACAGUGUUAUUGUCAACUAGGCUAUCAGAUCAACAAGGAAGAUAACAGAACAUGCAUUGAUUUUGAUGAGUGCUCAACCUUUGGAUUCUGUGAUCAACUUUGUACAAACACACCAGGCGGAUUUAGAUGUUCCUGCAGGGAAGGGUACACUCUGGGUCAGGAUGGUGUUUGCAGGGCUCCUGAGAGUAACUCCAUUAGAGUCUUUGUGACCAGCACUACUAAAAUUAUGUCCAUGAAUAGGGAUGGCCAGGACACCAAGGAACUUGUUAAAGUAGAUGCAGUGGAUGUGGACAUUGACAGCAAAGGAGAGAAGAUAUUUUACAUCAACAACACAGAUAAUCAGAUUUACGCAAUGACAGCCACAGGUAAUUCAGCUUCCAGAAAACUCCCUAUUCAAGGCCUAGCUAUUCCUGUGGACAUAGCCUUAGAUUGGGUGACCAACAAUCUGUACAUUGUAGACAGGGAUACAGCAAGAAUUGAACUGUUUAGUAUUACCUCAGGAUUCCAGCACAACAUUGUCUCUGACAACCUGCAGACUCCAAUAGCUAUAGCUGUUGACCCCAAUAUAGGGUAUUUAUUUUUUGCUGAUCGUGGCCAGAAAGGGCCAACAAUGAAGCCAAGGAUUGAAAGAGUUUUUAUGGAUGGAAGCCAUCGAUGGGAUCUUGGUCUCAGCAAGAUGCUGCACCCUCAAGGUUUGACCUUAGACCUGGUUAACCAGCGUGUGUAUUGGGUGGACUCACAACUAGACCACUUGGAGGGUGUGGAUUAUAAUGGUCAGAGAAGGAGAACUGUUCUAUCUGGAGGUCUGCACAUCCCAGCUCCUGUGUCUGUUGCCAUAUUUGAAAGUCAGCUGUUCUUUGCAGACAUAACAAAACUUGGAAUCAUGCGGGUUGACAGAAAUGACAGCACUGUUGCACCCAAGACAUUAAAACAGAUCUACAAAGCUGAGAAUGGGAUACCCACCGCAGUGGUAGUGUCUCACAGCUCUUUCUACAAGCUAACAAGUAGAGACUCCAAUCCUUGCCUAGGAAACCCUUGUCAGCACAUUUGUGCUCUGUCUCACAACACAGACAAUAAUGGUCUUGGAUAUAGAUGUUUAUGUAAAGCUGGCUAUGAACUGGAUCACACCAUGAACAACUGCACCAGGGCUGAAAAGUUUAUCCUAUUUGCCACACCAAGAGCAAUACGUGGUAUAUCCUUAGAAGAUCCUGGUCAGUAUCCUAUUGACUCCAUACAGCCCAUAGUUGGCCAGCGAUGGGGAAGGCUUGGAGUUAACUAUGUGGCUCUUGACUAUGAUGCUGAGAAUGAGACUGUAUUUUUCUCCGAUGUUAGAAACAGAGUUAUUUACCGAGCUCAAAUUGGGGAUUCAGACCCAGUUCCUCAGCUUGUCACAGAGAUUGGAUCAGUAGAAGGCAUUUCCUAUGACUGGAUUGCAAAAAACUUGUUCUUCACAGACUUCCGUCGUAGCACUUUGUCAGUGAUAAGAGCCAAUCACCCAACAGAUAGAAGAGACCUUAUUAAGAAUCUCGGCAAUGCCCGAUCUGUUGUAGUGCAUCCCCUUAAAGGGUAUCUUUACUAUUCUGACUGGCUGAGAAACUCUAGACAGAGUGCUUACAUUGCAAGAAGUUUUACAGAUGGUACUAAUAUAACACAGAUAAAAAAGAACCAGCUUGGUUGGCCUAAUGGACUCACCAUAGAUUUUGUCAAUGACCGUUUGUACUGGGCAGAUGCAUAUUUUGACAGAAUUCAGCAUUCCAAACUUGAUGGGGAUGAUCUACAAACCCUAACUGGACAUACCAUUGUGCAUCCAUUUGGAAUUGCUAUCUACAAAGAUUUUAUUUAUUAUACUGACUGGCGCCUGCAGUCUAUCAUUAGAAUUAACAAAAGGGGAGGUCAGGAGCAAAAGAUCAGAUCUGGUAUAGGAAGAGUUAUGGGAAUCAGAGUUUAUGAUCCAAGCCUCCAACCCUUGUCAAGUCAGAAUCCUUGUCACCUGAGAAAUGGAGACUGCUCUCACUUUUGCUUUGUGGUCCCCAUCUUGGAAGGGAUGAGCACAGUGGGGAGACACUGUGGCUGCCCCUAUGGUAUGAAGCUGAGCAGGGACCAGCGUAACUGUGAGGCUAACCCUGAGGAGGUGGAUGUGACUACCUGUCGACCUGGAUUGUUUCAGUGCCAGAAUGGGAGGUGUAUACCAAACUCAUACAGGUGUGACAGAGACAAUGAUUGUCUGGAUAGAACAGAUGAGCUGAACUGCCCUGAAGCCACGACUUGCCCUGCCAACAGAUUUAAAUGUGACAAUGGUCAAUGUAUCAGCAGUGUCUGGGUGUGUGAUGGUGACAAUGACUGUGGUGAUAUGACAGAUGAAAAGAAUUGUUCUGCCAAGACCUGUAACUCCAGAGAGUUCCAGUGUAACAACAGCCUGUGUAUCAGUCAGUCCCUCAAGUGUGAUACAGACAAUGACUGUGGAGAUGGAUCAGAUGAAGGAGAAUUUUGUGGCACACACACUUGUCCUGCUCACUUCUUCCAGUGUGAUGACAAAAGGUGCAUUCCAGAACUUAGGGUCUGCGAUGGUGGUAAUGACUGCUAUGACAAUACAGAUGAGAGAAACUGCCCACCAUUGAACUGUAGUGGCACUAGGUGGACUUGCAAAAAUGUGCGGCAGUGCAUUCUUACUAAACACCACUGUGAUGGGGUCCCAGACUGCAAUGAUGAAUCUGAUGAACAAGAUUGUCCUCAGCAUUCAACAGACAGUUGUCAAAGAGACCAGUAUCGCUGCCGGGAUGGUGGUUGUAUUCCAGAAAAUUGGAAGUGUGAUGGUCAAUCAGAUUGUGAUGAUGGUUCUGAUGAAGGCAAUCAAUGUCCCCCAGUCACAUGUUAUGGUGACAGAUUCCGUUGUGCCAAUGGACGUUGUAUCUUCAAAGGCUGGGUUUGUGAUGGGGAUGAUGACUGUGGAGACAAUUCUGAUGAGGAUGCAUCUCUUACUUGUGCUCCUCCUCCAUUCUCUUGUCCAAGGGGAAAAUGGGAAUGCCCAGGAGGCAGCCAUGUCUGCAUCAAUACAACCCUUGUGUGUGAUGGCAAUCCUGAUUGUCCUGAAGGACACGAUGAAAGUCCUAUUUGCAAUCAAGAUAACUGCAGAGAUAAUAAUGGUGGCUGUAGUCAUAUGUGCAUACAGACACCACGAGGUGCAGAGUGUAAAUGUCCUCGGGGGCAAGCACUCAAUGGAACUAAGACUUGCAUUGAUGAGGAUGAGUGCACACCACCAGGACGUUGUAGUCAGACUUGCAUCAACACCAAGGGGUCCUUCAAGUGUGAAUGUGUUGAAGGUUACACACUUUUGACAGACAGAAGAACCUGUAAAGUUAUGAGAAAUGAUACAGCACUGAGUUUAUUGAUAGCUAGCAGGACAGCUGUGGUCAAGUCUAAUCUGGAAGUUCUACUUUAUGACCCACUACCUUUACCCCCGUUUAGAUCCCUGACUGCCAUUGACAUAGAUGUCAACAGAUCACAGAUUUAUUUCUCUGACACUGUUCUCAAGAAGAUUUUUAGGACUAGCAUUGAUGGUACAAAUCUGACAGAGAUUGUGGCUACAGGCAUUGAUGUGGUAGAGGACAUUGCUGUGGACUGGAUUGGGAAGAACCUAUAUUGGACAGACUAUGGCAUGGAGACCAUUGAAGUGGUCAACCUAGCUGGAGAGAACAGAAUGGUUUUGUUUAGUGAGAACAUCACCAACCCCAGGGCUAUUGAAGUAGAUCCUAGGGAUGGUGUACGCUAUCUGUUUUGGUCUGAUUGGGGACAGAACCCACGCAUUGAACGCUCUGGACUGGAUGGAAGUGGUAGGAUAGUUCUAGUCUCUGAGAAACUGUUCUGGCCCAAUGCUCUGACAGUGGAUUACCCAAACAAAAGAUUGUACUUUGCUGAUGCACGCAUGGAUUUCAUAGAGUUCUGCAACUACGAUGGCUCUGGCAGGCAUCAAGUCUUUGCCAAUGACCAUUUCUUAAGGCAUCCGCACUCCUUGACAAUCUUUGAAGACUGGAUCUAUUGGACAGACAGAGCAGCCAGCAGAGUGUCCAAGUGUAACAAGUUUAAUUGUUCUGAUCGCUCUGUUGUGGCCUCUAGUAUAUCUAGACCACUAGGCAUUGCUGUUUACAAUAUUAUAAAACAGCCAACAGGAACCAACCCAUGUGAGGUAGCUAAAUGUAGUCACUUGUGUCUUUUGUCACCCAGACCAACAGGUUACAGCUGUGCUUGCCCUGUUGGUAUGCAGCUUGAUGGUACAGCCCACAACUGUGUUAAAGAUUCCUCAGAAAUAUUGCUGUUCAUGCAAUCUCGUUUCAUUGCUGGCAUCAAACUUGGCAGCACUAAUGUCACUGGUAUUAUCCCUGUAAGUUCAAUCAGCAGUGGCCAAGAUUUUGAUUUCGACAGUAAAGAAGGCUAUAUUUAUUAUGUGGAGAAAAUCAAUGGUAGUCUGAAAAGAAUUCAGCUGAAUGGAAGAAAUACAUCAGAGUAUGUGCCCACUGCUGUGAUAGGAAGCCCCAAUGCUAUAGCCAUUGAUUGGAUGUCGAGGAAUCUCUUCUGGGCCAAUGCAGCUGCUGGAUUGAUGGAGGUGAUGCGACUAGAUGGACCUGAACAUUUCAGAAGAGUCUUGUUGAGUAACAAUGGCAGAAGAAGAGAUGUGGCUAAUCCACUAUCCUUGUGUGUCGAUCCAACUAAAGGGUUGCUGUACUGGGGUGAUGGUGGUGUGCCUGGAGUGCCUGCAAAGAUUGCUGUUGUUGAGAUGGAUGGCUCUAAUCCAAGGGUGCUGCUAUCAGCUGGCAUCAGAACCCCCAUGUAUAUGACACUUGACACCCAGUCCCAGAGUUUGUACUUCACUGACACAUUUAAUAACAAAUUGCAACGUUACUUAAUAAGGUCAGGCUCUAUGUCACAAGUGGUUUCUGCAGGAUCUCCUCAGGGUGUUGUCUUUCAUAACAGCCGCCUUUACUACUAUGAUUCCAUCUAUGAGACCAUCAAUCGUGCCCCUUAUCCAACUAUCAGAUCUGCAGCUGUGUUACGCAGCAACAUCAAAGGAGUGGGAGCUUUAAAAGUUUAUUAUGAUAGACAUGAAUCUGGAGAAACAAAUGCAUGCUCUGUCAACAAUGGAGAUUGUCCACACCUGUGUCUGCCCAAAAGUUUGUCUCGCACCUGUGCCUGUAGUAUUGGUUUUGAACAAAAAGAAGAUGGUUCUUGUGCAGCUGAAAGUUCAUUUGUUGUGGUCUCCAUGUACAAUGUAAUCCGAGGCUUUGGCAUGACUCGUGUUGAUGUUGAUGAAGCUAUGGUGCCCAUUGCUGGUUCUGGCAGGGCCCCAGUAGCCAUUGAUGUCUACAUGGGAGCAAACUACAUCUACUGGGUUGAUUCUAGGGCACCAAGCACUGGGGGCAAGCAAGAAGGUGGCAUUCAUAGGAUCAAGCCAGAUGGUAGCAACUUUCAAGACAUCUUGACUUCUGGCAUGGGCUCUAAUGGCAUUCAAGGAUUAUCUGUUGACUGGAUAGCAGGCAACAUCUACUUCACCAAUGUUUUUGAUGUUGAGGUUUACAUUGAAGUUAUCAAACUAGAUGGUGCCCACAGAAAAGUUUUGGUCAAAGAGUCUCAAGGACAGCCCAGAGCACUGGCUGUCAAUCCCAUUAAAAGAUACCUUUACUGGGCAGACAUGGGUCAGACGGCUAAGAUAGAGCGGUCACUUCUUGAUGGCACCAACAGAACUACCAUUGUCAAGUCUGGUAUCAGUCUUCCCAGAGAUGUCACCAUUGACUUUGUAACACAUGAUGUCUACUGGGUGGAUGCUAUUGUUGAUGCUAUACAGUGUGUUACCUUUGAUGGGGAAAACAGACGUUAUAUUCAGACCAACACACCAAAUCCUUAUGGCCUUUCUGUGUUUAAUUCCUAUGUGUAUUGGGUGGACCGCAAUUUACAAAAGAUAUUUAGAGCUUUGAAGUCUCCACAAGGUUCAGUACCUCAAGUCUUAAAAAGCAACCUUGAAAUGUUAAGUGACAUAGCCAUCUAUGAUCAGGCCAUGCAGCCUCAUGAUGAUAACAAUCCCUGUUCAGCCAACAAUGGAGGCUGUCAGCAGCUUUGUUUUGCAAAACCCAACCAGACUGAACCAGAAUGUGGUUGUGCUACUGGAACUUUGGGACCACAGAAGAAAACAUGUGUUGCUCCAUCUUCAUUCCUCCUGUUUGCAGCUGAGACAGAAAUCUAUAGCUUGUCUCUAGACCCAGACUCUACAUCUAACCCUAUACCCACCAUCUCAGAUCUUCAGGGAGCUGUAGCGGUGGAUUAUGAUGCUCAUGAAAACUACAUUUACUUCAGUCAAGUCAAUUCCAAGAAAAUUAGCCGAGUCAAAAAAGGCUCUACAGUGGUUGAAGACUUAAUGUCACCCAGCAUGAACACAACUCCUGGCUAUGUCCAUGAUGUUACUUCUGUUGAGGGGAUAGCAUUCGAUUGGGUUGGUAAGAAACUUUACUGGGCUGAUUUAUUCCGAAACAAAAUCUACAGCAUUAAUGUCAACCUGACUUAUAAAGUUGUCAUAGCAACAGUACAGAGCCCAAGAGCACUUGCCAUAGACCCAUGCAAAGGAUUCAUCUAUUGGUCAGACUGGGGUGUCACUCCUAAAAUAGAACGAGCCACAAUGGCAGGUAAUCAAAGGCAGGCUAUUGUAUCAACUGACCUUGGCUGGCCUAAUGGACUGACAAUAGAUUAUGAAGAGGAGAAAAUUUAUUGGGCAGAUGCACAAAAAGAUAGAAUAGAGAGAGCAAACUUGGAUGGUAACUACAGAGAGGUCAUUGUAGAGACCACAGUCCACCCUUUCUCUUUGACUGUGCAUGGGUUCUACAUUUACUGGUCAGAUUGGACACUAAGAGGUAUCUACAGAGCUGAGAAGCACACUGGGGCUAAUAUGAAAAUGUUGGUGCAAGGUUUGUCUACAAGGCCCAUGGGUGUGGCAGUUUACUCACAGGAAAAACAAAAAUGCAACAACAAUCCUUGUACUGUGUUUAAUGGAGGUUGUAGUCAUAGCUGUCAUCCUGGUCCUGAUGGUUCUGUGGAUUGUGCUUGUGUUGAAGGAACUGGACAAGUCAUUGGCAAUAAUGGCAAGGUGUGUGUGCCAGCCAAUAACACCUGUACAUCUGACCAAUUUGUAUGUCAAAAUGGCCGCUGCCUCAGGGAGAGAUGGGUAUGUGAUCUUGAUAAUGACUGCGGAGAUGGAUCAGAUGAAGAGCCUAACUUGUGUGCUUUACACACCUGUGAUCCAAAGUACUUUAGCUGUAGGAAUGGAAGGUGUAUUCCACUAAGGUACAGGUGUGACUUUGACAAUGACUGCAGGGAUAACUCUGAUGAGGAGGCUUGUGACUAUCCUACUUGUGGACCUAACCAGUUUACCUGCAACAACUUCAGAUGUAUAGAUGCUGCUCAAAGAUGUAAUGGCAUUGACAAUUGUAGAGACGGGAACCGAACUGAUGAAGUUAAUUGUCCUCCAAGAACUUGUCCACCAAAUCAAGUCAAGUGUCCUACUACCAACAUUUGUAUCAUCAGACGUUACAUGUGUGAUGGGGACAAUGAUUGUGGAGAUAACAGUGAUGAGAAUCCUUUCUUUUGUCAUCUUGUUUCUUGUGCACCUGGAGACUUCCAGUGCUCAGUGAGUCACAAGUGUAUACCAGGCAGCUGGCAGUGUGAUGGGGAUGAUGACUGUGGCUCAGGAGAAGAUGAAUCUCCUACUACUUGCUCCAGUUUCAAUCGCACUUGUCAGACCAACCAGUUUGCUUGUAACAACAACAGAUGUGUGUCACAGAGAUGGGUGUGUGAUGGUGAGGAUGACUGCGGGGACAACUCUGAUGAGUCUGCUGACAGGAAUUGCAAUGAACGUACUUGCCCUCCAGACACUUUUACGUGCGAGUCCAACAAACAGCAAGGCUCAUAUCCCUGCAUUCCACUUUCAAGAGUCUGUGACGGUGUUAAGAAUUGUCGCAAUGGAGAGGAUGAGAUGCAGACGUGUCCUCCAAGGACUUGUAUGCCACAUGAAUUCCAAUGCACCAAUGGUAUCUGUAUAUCAGCCAGGUUUAAAUGUGACCAUGAUGAUGACUGUGGGGACGCUUCUGAUGAGCCAACUGAUUGCAAUUACCACAGCUGUAGCAGUGAGCAGUAUACAUGUGACAACAAACGUUGUGUUCCUAAAACCUGGAGCUGUGAUGGGGACAAUGAUUGUGGGGAUGGAUCUGAUGAGAAGGAAUCAAUUUGUUUGACUCCAGAGCCCACAUGUCCUGGGAACAAGUUCCGCUGCACUAAUGGUCAGUGCAUAGCUUCAGAGUUGGUGUGUAACAAGAAUCCAGACUGCAGUGAUGAAUCAGAUGAACAGUAUUGUAACGUUGAUGAGUGCCAGAGCACUAGAGUCAACCAGUGCCAACAUAAGUGUAUCAAUACCAUCACCAGUUACAAGUGUGAAUGUAACCCUGGCUACCAGCUCAUGUCUGAUAGAAAAGGAUGUCGAGACAUUGAUGAGUGUGUGGAGGUGGUGGGGGCCUGCUCUCAAGAAUGUGAGAACACUGAGGGCAGCUAUAUCUGCAAGUGCUCCGAUGGCUACCAGAAAAUGGAAGAUGGAAAGACCUGUAAGAAAACAGACUAUAUCACACCUUGGCUUAUCUUUACCAACCGCUACUACUUGCGGGAAAUCUCCACAGAGGGAGACAACCACAGACGAAUUGCCCAGGGAUUUGAGAACAUUGUCUCUCUUGACUUUGACAUUGCUAAUGACCUCAUCUAUUUCACUGAUGUUAAGCAGCACAAGAUUUACAGCAUUUUUGUCAAUGGCACUGACCAAAAAGUUAUCAUCAAGGACAAUGUGCCCAGUGUGGAGGGCAUAUCAGUAGACUGGAUAGGAAGGAAACUGUACUGGGUAGAUGGACGUCGAUCUACUAUUGGUGUCUCAGAGAUGAAUGGCACUAGUCAACUUACUCUUCUAAAGGAAGGAAUUAGACGACCACGGGCUAUCUCUGUCCAUCCAUUCAAAGGAUUCCUGUACUGGUCUGACUGGGGUAAUCCCCCCUACAUUGGGCGUAUGGGGAUGAAUGGUAAAAACCUUUCCACAGAUUUUAUCACAGAAAAGUUGGGCUGGCCAAAUGCUUUGACUCUUGACUUUGAAACAGACAGACUCUGGUGGGCUGAUGCACAUCUGGACAUUAUAGAAUAUGCUAACCUUGAUGGUUCCCACCGCCAUAUUGUUCUUGAAAAUGUGCCACAUCCCUUUGCUCUUUCCUUGUUUGAGGACUUCAUGUACUGGACUGACUGGAACCACUUGACCAUUGAGAAGGCCAACAAAUUCACUGGAGAAAACCAUAGAAUAAUCUGGAAUGUUACCCACAGACCUAUGGAUAUACAUAUAUUCCAUCCUUUGAAACAAAAACCAGGGCUGAACCCUUGUGGUACAGACAAUGGAGGCUGUUCUCACCUCUGUCUCAUAGCGCCUGGUGUCGCCAACUACUCAUGUGCCUGCCCAGACUAUUUCAUACUCAAGUCAGACUUAAAGACCUGUGAGGCCAGGUGUACCAGUAUCCAGUAUAGGUGUGGUAGAACUGAUGACAGGUGUAUACCUCGGUUAUGGAAAUGUGAUGGAGAGAAAGAUUGCCGAGAUGGUUCAGAUGAGCCUGCAGACUGUCCUGUUAGCCAUUGUCAUCCUGGCCAAUUCCAGUGUAAGAACAAGAACUGUACCUUUGCAUUCCGUGUUUGUGAUCUGCAUGAUGACUGUGGGGAUGGGAGCGAUGAGGAGGGCUGUCAGAAGCAUUCUUGUGAACCUUGGCAGAUGAAGUGUGACAAUGGAAAGUGCAUUCCUAAAGCCUGGAUGUGUGACAGAGAAGAUGAUUGUGGUGAUGGAACUGAUGAGAAAUCUUGUGGUAAUUCUACAUGCAAGCCUAACCAGUUUAGGUGUGACAAUGGUAACUGUAUUCAAGCCAACUGGAAAUGUGAUUUUGACAAUGACUGUGGAGAUAACUCUGAUGAGAAAGCAGAAUACAAAUGUGAAACCAGGCAGUGUGAAGUUGGAUGGUGGAAAUGCCAAACAAAUUAUCGCUGUGUCCCCAACUGGGCUCUUUGUGAUGGGGAAGAUGACUGCAGAGACAACUCUGAUGAGAAGGAGGAAAACUGUCCCAAGUGUCAUCCUUCUGGAGAUUUCAAAUGUCAGAACCGUCGCUGCAUUCCCAAACGCUGGAUGUGUGAUUUUGAUGAUGAUUGUGGUGACAACUCAGAUGAGGAUGUUAAUAAGUGUCGUGACAGCUAUAGGAAGUGCUCAGAAUCAGAAUUUCGCUGUGACAACAACAAAUGCAUUCAAGGAAAGUUUAAGUGUGAUCAUGACAAUGACUGCGGGGAUGCUUCAGAUGAAAAGGAAAGUCUUUGUAAAGAUUACCAGAAAUGUACACCUGAUAAAUUUACUUGUGCCAGUGGUCAUUGUACUAAUAUGGCCAAUAUGUGUGAUGGCCAGCGUGACUGCUUGGAUGCCUCAGAUGAGAAAAACUGCACAGCCUUAUUACCUGGUGGAAAAUUUUGUCAUUCUUCAAUGUUUGAAUGUAGAAAUCAUAUGUGUAUCCCAUGGACCUGGCGAUGCGAUGGUGUGAAUGACUGUGGAGAUGAUUCUGAUGAAACACCAGCAGUGUGCAAGGAGGUCAGCUGCACCCAGCCAGAGAGGUUCCUAUGCAACAACUUUAAGUGUAUUCCUAGCUGGCGCCAUUGCGAUGGUGUGGACAACUGUGGUGAUAACUCUGAUGAAGAAAGCUGUCAAGUCAAGAAAAAAGAAUGUACCAGUGAUGACUUUAAAUGUGCUGAUGGCACAUGUAUAGAUGGCAGCAAAGCCUGUGACAGUUCUCCUGACUGCAAAGACUUCUCUGAUGAGAGGGGUUGUCACAAAGAUGUUGGCUUGACCUGUGAUGAUGACAAUGGGGGUUGUGAACGCAACUGUACCAGCCUGGGUCAGAACUCCUUCUACUGCUCUUGUCCAACAGGCCUGAGAGUGUCAGAAAGAAACAGGAAGGAGUGUGAAGAUAUUGAUGAAUGUGCCAGUUGGGGCAACUUUUGUCCGCAGGAAUGUAUCAAUGUCAAGGGUUUAUUUAAAUGUAGAUGCCACAAAGGGUUCACUGACCCUCAUAACAGAGGUCAAGAAUGCAAGUCUGAUGAAGAUAACUCCUACAUCAUUCUGUUCACUGUGGGAGAUGAGGUCAGGCAGUACAGGUCAAAGAAUAAAGAUUACACUACAGAGGUCACCUCUGGAAUUAGGUCAGCAGGGAUAGACAUUGAUGCUGACCGCAGGCUAGUUUACUGGUCAGAUACAAAUGUGGGAAAAAUAUAUAGAGCUUCAAUGCCAAAAGAUGAUAAGACGAAAGCUGUGGCUAGAGACCUGGACAUUGUUGGCUACAAUCGACCAGAAGGCUUGAGUGUGGACUGGGUGGCUAAGAAUAUCUACUGGACAGACUCAGAGGUUGGAAUCAUUGCUGUUGCUACAGCUGAUGGCUUCUAUCAAAAAGCUUUAAUAAGUACUGACUUGAAGUAUCCUAAGGCCAUUGCUGUUCAUCCAGGCUUAGGUUACAUGUAUUGGACUGAUGUCCAUGCCUCUGGACCAAAAAUUGAGCGAGCUUGGAUGAAUGGAGAGAUGAGAACAGUCCUUGUAUCCACAAAAUUGAGCUAUCCAUCUGGCCUGGCCAUAGACUACUACAUGGACAACCGCAUUUACUGGUGUGACAGUAAGGAAAAUUUAAUAGAGUCCAUGAAGCCUGAUGGAACCGACAGAGUCAUUGUUACUUCAAAAGCUGCAUACAACCCUGUAGCCCUGGAUGUCUUUGAGGGUCAAAUGUUCUGGCUAUCAGAAAAACUGGGUCAGUUGGCCAGUAUGGAUAAGUUUGGAAGAGAAGAUAAUAAAACUAUUCAGACUGGCCUUCAGCUGCCCAAGGGUCUUAAAGUCUUCAAUAUUUACAGAUAUAAUAUAUCUAUCAAAUCUCCAUGUAAAUUUCUGAUCUGUUCACACUUGUGUCUGGUAGUGCCAGGGGGUGCUAGGUGUGCCUGUCCAGAAGGAGCCAGCUUUGUGCCUGAUACCAACAAUACAAUUUGUGAUGCAACUCACCCCAAACCCAAGCCUACACCAAAACCUAGCCAAGAAUGUUUAUGUACAAAUGGAGGAAGCUGCAUCACCAAAGAAAAUGAGGUGGAAACUAAAUGUAUUUGUCCAGCAGGUUGGACUGGUGAACAAUGUGAGACUGCUUUUGAGAACGUCACCCAGGCCAAUGAGACUGUCACACAAGUACCAGAGGAGCACAAGAUAAAUACAAAUCUAUCUGAGGAUGACAAUCAUGUUGCCAUUGUGGUGCCAGUGGUCAUUGGUAUUAUUGCUAUUUUAGCCAUUGUACUGUUGGUGGUCAUCUUGCGCCGAAGAGGUGUUGAUUUCAACUUUAAGAAACUCAUCACCAAAUCUCAGCCACCAAGUUCUCCAACUGUUUCAUUCAAAGAAGGAGGUCAGGUCAAACUGGGAGUCCCUGAAAUGAUGUAUGAUGCUCAAGGGCAAGGAGAAGAAAUGCAGCCUACAAGCAGUGACAGCCCUACCAACUUCUGUAACCCUGUCUAUGAUAGUCUGCAUGGACCUCUCACUGUACACGAGUCUGUCAUACUGCCUACCCAUGGGCCACAUUACGAGUCCAGCACAGACCCAGAGAAAGGAGAGAUCCACCUCUCAGGCAAAGGCAAAGUCUCACAGCCUUCCAAGGAGUUUAGGAUAGCCCCAAGAGCCUUGGAUCCCAAUCUAGAUGAGGAUGAAAGAGAUGAGGCAGGACUGGUGAAAUCUGGAGAUCUCUGACAAGAUAUUUGACAUGUUACAUGCCUGUUUGAUAACAAAAUUGCUGAUUGUGUAGUUCUGAUUAGUUUGGGCUGAAAGAAAUUCUUACUAUUCCCACUCUGUUCUGGAUGUUUCAAAAGUCUCAGCACAUUUUCAAUGAUGUUUGAACUUUACAUUGCCCAUAAAACUUACACUAACAUUAUGUUUGGUUCAAUUGGUAAAGGUGAAUACAUUUCUUAGUUCUUAUUUCUAGCAUUACUUUUGAGAUGAUUGGCAGAGUGCCCAUAUACUAAUAAAGUGUACUACUGUAAAUGUUUUUUUUUGUACUAAACCUGAACUUUUUAGUUUUUUAAUUAGUAAAAAAAUUGUUUUUCGUGCAUUUCAAACUCUUUUUUUUUCUUAUUACUAUUGAAUUGUAUUCCUCCAAUUUGUGUGUUAAUGUUUUGAUUGAUCCUAAGCAUUGUUUCUUUAUGCAUCCAAAGCAGAGAAACUCAUACUAAAAACCUAAACACCCCCCCCCCCCCAUAUCUUUCUAAUAUAGACUAUGCUUACAUUUUUCUUCAAGAUAAAUGUCUACAGGUCACAAUUUUGUUGACUGGUGACUGUGAAAUGCAUCUCUAUUGAACAUCACUAAUUGUACAUGUAUCUCUAACUGUAACCAAAGUUGUGAUAUCUAAUUGUUGAGAGAAUAUCUCACUGGUACAACACAAGCAAUUACAUUCCAUUUGAAAUACUAGUUUCUAAUAUUGACUUGACUAUUUUGUUACUGCAGUAGAUGAAGUCAUUUUGAAGUGCAUGGUUGUAGCUAAUUGACUAGUUUGCAUAAUAAAUAAUUGGUGAACUUGUUUGAAAGAUAUAUUUAGAUUCUUUAUGGACUUGAACUUAAGCCUUGAUACUGUAUAUGCAUAUUUAGAGAGGCUCUUCUCUAUAUACCAUUAUAUAUAAUUAGUUGUAGUUUGUCCCUAUAUAUCAAUACUAUUAGUAAUGUGCGAUCAAUCCUGUAGAACUUGUAUAAUAAUAUUGAUAUUUUGUGGAACUGAUGUUUAUUGUAUUCAAUGGAUUUGUGUACAGAAACCAUGCCAAUGUUCUAUUCUAUAAAUAGAUAUUUAAAUACAAAA